AUGGCCGCAGCGGCCGACUGGAAUACCUUAUUGCAACAAUCUGCAGACCUAGUAGGCCAGGACUUCAGCAAUGUGCCGCGGGUGGAGCGGAGCUUGCCGCAGCUCCAACAGUAUGCCGACGCACUUCGCUCCCGGACAAACCGGUACCGUGGCCCAGAAGAGCAAGCAGCAGCGACUCGCUUGCUUGCCCAGCAAGGGUUUGAUGCUAGCAGGCUGACCUCCGAGGUGGUUGGCCUGGAAAUUGUACCCACCAUCGAGGAUGUCUUCCACGCAGAGACAAGCAGCGUGGAGGAGUACCUGCAGCAGGUGGAGGAAGCCACUCUGCUGGCCGCUAUCCAGGAGGCCCAGGAGGAGUCCAAUGCCUCUUUCGAGGCGUACAUGGACCAAUGCAUGACCCGGGACUGGGCAGCCAACAAGCGGCGUCUGUUCGGACUCAUCGCGCCCAGCGGCAUGGGCACCAUCGGGGGGGGUCCUCAGCCGCUCAUAGGACGGAGUGGCACAGGCGAUGGUGGCCAGGUGUUUGCGUCUCCGGCUUUGCGACUGUCUCCCAAGGAAACCGCCUAUGUGGAUAUGGUGAAGAAGAUGGCAGUGGCGGCUGGGAGCCAUGGGGGGGGCCAGACAGGGCUGGAAAUCGUCAAGGGCUUCAAGGAGGCUUGCGAGAAGCACGAGGACAAGCCGGGCGGCCAGGACUUCCCCAUGUCCUCGAUUUGGGGCCUGCUGGUGAGCGUGUUGGGUGAAGCUCGCCGCCGCAAUGUGACCCCCUCCGCGGCAGGUCAUCGGUACGUGGAGGCCCUGGUGGCGGGGGCUCGGAAGCACCUGGAGGACGGCCACCAGCGCCACAUGCGGACCACCAUCACCAGGUACAAGUUGGUGGCAGAGCGAGGACCCGACCCGGACUCGCUGCGGGACGUGCAGGCGUAUGUGCAGGUCAAGUUUCGUGACCGGGGUCCUCUGGACUUUGCGACCCCCAACGGCAUGGACACGUCCUGGAUUCAGCUCUUCUACUGCCUGAGGUCCGGAUACGACCGCGCGGCGGCGCGCAUUGCGGAGCGCUGCGGGGACCUGCUGUUGCUGACGGCGGGGGGCCGUGCGGGCGGCGGGGUGGGCGUGGGUGGCAGCAUGAGGCCGCUGGUGGAGGAGUGGACGGCGAACGGAUGCCGGCUCUCAGAGCGUUCCGCGGUGGCGCUCGCCCGCGAGGCGGAGCGCCUGCUCCGCGACAAGAACGGCCUCCGCCAGAGCCCCCGGGCGCCGUACCAGGCCCUCGCCGCCGGACUGCCCGCCAUCCUGUCUACCAUUGAAGAUUUCAUGUGGGCACGUCUGGCGCUGGCGGGGGGAGGAGCUGGCGGGCCGGGGGCGGCGGGGACGCCGGCGGCGGGUGUGGCUUCGUACACGUUGACGGAGGUUCAGGCGGAUAUUAACCGGUGGCCUCCGCAGUACUACAGCAAGCAAAAUCGUGAGCCCCUGGCGUUCGUGAUGGUGCUGCUUCUCAGUCUGCAGUGGGCCGCAGCGGUGCGCUUCCUCUGGCGUGAUGAUACGACAAAGCCGUACCGUCUCGAUGCCGUACACAUGGGUCUGGCACUGCAGGCGGAGGGCGCGCUGGCGGUGCUCAACGGCGUUGGCGAGUGCGGUGCGGCGGACGGCGCCGCCGCCGCCGGCCCUGGCUCCGCCGCCGCUGACGUGGCCACCAUGGCCGUACAGUACAGCCGCAAAUUCGUCACCGCCGGCGACUCGGGUACUGCACUUUACUACCGCUGGCUCGCGGCGAUGGCACGCGGCGGCAGUUUGGCGGUGAAGGGCGCGAUGCUCCGGGAGCUGUUGGUGGGCGGUCGGGACUUUGGGACGCUGCUGGGUGGCGGUGGUGCCGGAGCCCGGGGUGCGCUGCAUGCCCUGGUGCCGGACACCGAGGAGCGGCGGCGGCUGUUUGAGGGCGUGGCGUACGAGUGCCAGAUGUCGGCGCAGCCCGAAGAGGCUGUGGAGCUCUACCUGGCUGCCGACCGGCCGGUGUCAGCCCUGGCGCUCAUUAACGGCCAGAUGUCGGCGGCCAUUGCGGCGGCGGUGGACGAGGCCGUGGCGCAGCCUUCCACGCCGGCGGGCGCGUCGACGCCCUCGAUGGAGCGGUUGGAGCGCAUCGCGCGCAGCGGCCGCGCAGCUGUCGAGCGCCUGUCGGGCAGCCGUGCCGCUGCCGCCGCAGCGCCGUCGCCGACGGCAUCUGCUGCCGCCGCCGCAAUCAUCGCUGACCCCACUGCCCGCCGCGAGCUUGAAGCGUUUCAGCAGUUGGGUGUUAUUCGGGAUAUGCUGCUAGCCGCGAAACGGGGCCGCCAUGACCAGGCGCUCCAGCGGCUGUCCGAGCUGCCCUUCAUCCCCACGGAGCGCUCCCGUCUGGAUCUGUGCGUGCGGAUGAGCACGCAGCUGCACCCCGCCAUUGCGGAGAGGCUGCAGGACGUGAUCGCCACAGCUGCGGACAGUAUCGCUGCACGGCGCCAGGCAGUGGGCCGUGAUGCGGUGGGCAUGCUGGCCGCGGAGCUCGCGGUGAUUACACAAUACGCCAACAGCUUGGCGGGGGCAAGACUGCCGCAG